CGAAUGACGUCACGUGUGAAAAGAGGAGGAAGACAGUAGGCAGUCCGAGAAAUGGCGACUCCAUGAUCUGUCGCUUCAGGGGGGUAAUGAAGUGGACCUUCGUGAUAUUAUACCCCAUGUAUUCGCAUGAUUGUGCUUUAUAGGACGAAUAAGGAUACUAUCUUUAAAUUACCACCAUACACAUGAAAAAUGGCGGCAAAUAUGUACAGAGUUGGAGAUUAUGUAUAUUUUGAAACAUCGUCCACGUCCCCGUUCCAAAUUAGACGAAUCGAGGAACUCAACAAGACUCCAAAUGGAAAUGUGGAAGCCAAAGUUAUGUGUUUUUAUCGAAGGAGGGAUAUAUCGAGUUCACUCAUCGUUUUGGCGGACAAGCACCAAACUGAUGCCCUUGAUUCCAAAAAGGUGUACAACCAAGACAGAGAUGAAGUUGAUAUGGAUGUGGGAGAUGAAGAGGAGGAGGAGUCACCCCCGCCACUGCCGCCACAGCAGUCACCACAGCCAACUGAGGAACAGCAGCAGGACAAACAGUCUGAGAAACAGUCCGACAAACAGUCUGACAAACAGUCUGACAAACAGUCUGACAAACAGUCUGAAAAACAGCCUGAAAAACAGCCUGAAAAAGAGUCUGAAAAACAGCCUGAAAAACAGCCUGAAAAACAGUCUGAAAAACAGUCCGAAAAACAGUCCGAAAAACAGCCUGAAAAACAGUCCGAAAAACAGCCUGAAAAACCAUCUGACAAGCAGACAGAGAAACAGACGGGUUCAGAGCAGCAGCUACCAACAGAAGGAUCAAUGGAGACAUCCUCAGAUAAGACCGACAACAAGUCCGAGAAUUCAGAAAAAUCUGAGAAGAACGACAAGUCCCAGGUGACCGAGAAGCAGAGGCACCAGCUGAAGCACCGAGAGUUGUUCCUGUCGCGGCAGGUGGAGACCCUGCCAGCCACACACAUACGAGGGAAGUGUGUUGUCACACUACUCAAUGAGACAGAGUCCCUGCUUUCAUACUUGAAUAAAGAAGAUACCUUUUUCUACUCACUAGUCUACGACCCACAGCAGAAAACCCUCUUAGCAGACAAGGGGGAAAUCCGAGUGGGUUCCAAGUUUCAGGCAGAAAUUACACCAUUAUUAAAAGAAGGUGAAAAAGAUGGUCGUGUCAUAGCUGAUCUUGAAGAUUUAAUAUGGCAGCCUGAAAAUGGAUUAGCAGAAAAAGAAGUAGAUCAGUUUAACAUUAUUUCCAGGUCAGUGGGUACAUUUGCAAGAGCUCUGGACUGCACCAGCACAGUUCGCCAACCUAGUCUACACAUGAGUGCAGCUGCUGCGUCCAGGGACAUUACACUCUUUCAUGCAAUGUGCACGUUACACAAACACAAUUACGACUUGGCAAAAGCAGUUGCCAGCCUUGUGCCAGAGGGAGGCCCAGUCCUAUGCCGCGACGAGAUGGAGGAGUGGUCUGCCUCCGAGGCAAACCUCUUCGAGGAGGCAUUAGACAAAUAUGGCAAAGACUUCAAUGAUAUUCGACAAGAUUUUCUACCAUGGAAGUCACUGAAAAGUAUUAUAGAGUACUAUUAUAUGUGGAAAACAACAGAUAGAUAUGUGCAACAGAAAAGAAUAAAAGCUGCUGAAGCUGAGAGUAAACUAAAGCAGGUUUACAUUCCCAACUACAAUAAACCCAACCCAGCAGCACUGUCCAACAAGAUGAAUGGCGCUGAUGGCCAGGUGUCCGGGAGGGCCUGCGAGAGCUGCUACACUGCCCACUCUAGCCAGUGGUACUCGUGGGGCCCCUCCCACCUUCAGUGUCGCCUCUGUUCAUGCUGCUGGUCCUAUUGGAAGAAGUAUGGCGGCCUCAAGAUGCCUACGCGGCUAGGUACUAACAACUAUGGAGAUAGUUUACCCACUGAUGGUGAGAGACCUGCACCCAAUCAAAGACAAGAGAGGGUUGCACAGAUGAAUGCCAUCCGAAGCCACCGAUGCACUAUCUCUGGUUGCGGCAAGGACUUCAAAUUGAAGGCACACUUGGCGCGGCACCUGGCAACAGCUCAUGGAUUGGCUAUCAGGUCAGGUAGCCCCCGACCUGUCAUGAAGACCCGAGCCGCCUUCUGUCUUGUCACCACACCGCUAACCAGAAUCUCUCGCCGACUCUGCAAGGAAAUCCUGCGCCCAAGACAUGCGGCCAGAUGUCCAUUCAUACCAAUAAACAUUGCUGCUAUCAAGCAAGAAUGCUCAGGCCGUGUGACAGAGGUUGGGAAGAUAGAACUGCCCACUUCGGGAAAGAUUCGUGGUUUGACAAUGGAACCUGUAGUGUGUCGCCUUGGCAUAGAUAUAAGUGUGGAGAAACCCUCCUUGCUACAUCGCAAGUCAGGUGAGCCUCGUGGAGAACAGAGGAUAUCCUUCCCUGCCCCGCCUCACCCACCACCACACAGAGUCCCAGAGACAAUUCAGACGUCAACAGCCGGACCAUCAAUCAUGAAGAAGAGAGGCUAUGAGCAGAGCAAUGGGAUAGAUAUACCUCCCAGUGCCAAGCGGCCAAGUCUAGGAGUUAUCCGCCAAGUUGGGUCAGCACUCCGAUCGGUGCCAACAAUACGAGGUAGCGUGAUCAACCACAGCACUUUCAAGAAUGGUCGCAGCAAGACACCUGGUGUUCGAGGCGGCUACAAGAUGCACAUGAUCAGCUGGAUUGAUGCACCUGACGAUGUGUACUUCGUUGCCACAGAAGCCACUAGGAAGCUGAGGCACCAGGUGACCCGCCAUGCCGUGAAGCGUGCAGCUCGCAACCCCUGGCGCGGACUGCUGCUCCAGAUUCCCAUGCCAACAAUCGAAGUUCCUCGACCGGAACACAAGCAGGAAGUGGUGGUAUUGGACUGAACUGGCAGCUGAGCUUGUGUUGCAUCAUUUUGUGUUCAUCCGGGAGCAGAUUGACCAGAGUGAACUCGUCUUUGUUGUCACUGCCAGUCAAACCAUGGGGAUAUUUUGACACCACUUUGGUUAUCUGUGAACACUUCAUAUCAAAGAUUUCUCAUUCAACUUGAGACGAAGUGGUCUUGCCAUUUCUCUAAAACCUCAGCUUCUUUUCAUAAUUUGUAACAAAUCUUGUGUUUCUUUUGCUGGUCAAGUCUGAUUUCUUUCAAGAUAAUAAUCCUAAAAAUGUCCCUUUCAAGUACAAAUAUAGUCAUUGUUUAUCAGAAAUAUAUCCAUUAUGAAACUGACUUUCCCAUGCUCUAAAUUAAGUAUGCUUGCUGUGACUUAACUAGUGCUGCUUAGAAUAUGCUUGUUAAGAUUUGACUUUAGCAUGGUGCUGAAACAUUCAACGUUGUGUGAUCCUCAUUGGUUUGUUGUGCAAUCCACAUUGGUCUGUUGUGCAACCCACAUUGGUUUCUUGUGCACAACGGGAUCAGUGAAUCAACGUCUAUCAAUGCAGUCUUGGUGUAGAAUAUUAAAUAUUCGACAUUCCAUACACCUGGAAUGGUGAGAAAAUUGUAACUUAUUCACUGAUCGUGUUGUAUUGUGAAUGAGACAAGUUAUGCAUUCUGAAAUGCAGUUUUGUUGACAUCAGUAUUAACUUAAAUAUUUUAUAUGCAUAGUGAGCGUUGAGUAUGAUACUAGCUUUACAUAAAUGUCUCUUAUAAUGGUUAGAAAUUUGAAUUUCUAUCAAAUUAUUUUGUACAUACUGUCAAUUGAGCUGCUUAUUCUCUGGACUCUGAUGUACUAGAAAGUUUUGGGAUGAUGUAGAAACCCUAGAAUUUUUACUGACGGACAUUCUUGUAAUCUGAUGUCCGUGUCAAAACUUGUGUAUUUCCAUGUGUGCCUCUGGGUGACCACUCUACUUUGCGCACACCAUGUGUGCCAGUAAGGAAGAGGGUUUGGUAGAUUAUUCUGAAACAAUCACAGUAUGCAGGAAACGUAACGAAGAGAGAAGAAAGAUGUCUUCAAGUUCUCUUCAGUAUUUGUAUUUGAUUAUUGACAAGGAACUAUCCUGGCUAAUUAAUGGCAUUUUGUUUUCAAUCUUCUAAAUGUUUCUCAGUUAUCAGCCUAUCAUAACAUAAAAAGUUAAUAUCAUGUACUAAAUGACUGCUGUUUGUGUGUGGUUUGUAGGCUAUUUCAAUCUCCAUUAAAUGUUUGUUUUUACAACCAUCAGUAUUGCACCCAGAGGAUAUGCAGUAAGCUUACAGAAUGUUCUGCUUAGUCUGUGUCUUAGCAACAGUAAACAAACUCAAAGCUGUUACAGAUGAGAUUGUUAGGUUAAAAAGUUUAGGUCCCUUCUGUUGCUGUAUCAAACCAGAAUUUACUCAGACGGGAUUGUGAAAACAAUCAAUUUCAGGCUAUGAUAUUUCAGGAAACCCCAAGUAUAUUUAUCGACAGUUUGGCCUGUUGAUUUCUUGUGUGUAAAUGCUGAUAUGUUUGGAUGAGGGAUGAGCAUUGUUACAUCAGUGGUAUGCUCACAUCAGAUGAAAUAUUUAUUUUAUGCAAAAUCUGUUACCAUGGUUACACUGACUUCACUUGUCAUCACCAUCUGGCAGGCGGCCAUAUUGUACGUUUGGUUAAUUCAUACACUCAAGUUAAUAAACUAUUUCGAUUAAAAAAAA